AUAAUAAUUGUGUGAUGAAAAUGAGAGAAUGGAGCGUUGGAAACUGGAAAGGGUAACCUGUAAGGAAAACUAUGAAUUGGUAAAGACACAAACUGCAAUCCCUCUAUCUAACAAUCUCCAAUACGAUUAGAUCAAUUGAUACUGUUCUAUUCAAAAAGAAAAAACAUGUGAUAAAAAGAAAAAAACACGUGAAAAAAGAAAAACAUGUGAUAAAAAGAAAAACAUGUGAUAAAAAGAAAAACAUGUGAAAAAAAGAAGAACAUGUGAUAAAAAGAAAAACAUGUGAAAAAAAGAAAAACACGUGAAAACAAGAAUUCCAACGAAGACUUUAAGGAUCUGAUAACCACAAACUUUAACAACCAAGCCUUCGAUUUCGACCAAAAACCAGGAAACUUUUUUUUUAAACCGGAAACAGAUUUGUGAAACCAGGAACAGGCUUGUGAAACUAGAAACCAGCGCCUCUAAAAUCAAAAACUCUUAUCUGAAACCAGGAUCCCUGACGUGCUUUGAUCAUUUUUUCUGUAGAAACAGUUAAAGAAAACCAAACCUUUAAAAGAACCUUUGAAAUCAAGACACAGGUUUAUGAACCCAAGAAACCAAAGAUUCAAAAAUGAAAGAAAUUUGGAGAACUCACAAACAUCCCUGGUUUGGAUUUGGAGGGUUUCCUGAAGUUUUAAAUGAAAAUAUUUCCGGAGACUGUGAUCUGAUUCAUAAUUUAGACUGGAAGGACAGAUGUGAUUUUGUUCUGCACAAUGAGAACUGUCUAGAUGUGGACGGAUUUAUCAAUUACAUCAGUGCACUGUACUGCAAUUUUGGAGAGCAUUUGUUCCCCCUGGGCCUUGUUUUGUACCUGGUCUGGCUGGUCUUGCUAUUUAUUGCUUUAGCGGUCAGCGCAGACGAUUUCUUUUGCCCGGCCAUUCAGGUCAUCUCUACAACACUGAGAUUGUCCCAGAAUAUCGCUGGAGUGACUAUAAUGGCUCUAGGCAACGGAGCUCCGGAUAUAUUUUCAUCUUUAGCUGGUAUAUCUGCAGCCAGGCCAGAGCUAGUAUUUGGUGAGCUGUUCGGUGCUGGUGUGUUUGUAACCACAGUAGUAGCUGGUUCUGUAGCAAUUACAAAACCAUUUAAGGUGAUGGAGAGACCUUUUCUGCGUGAUGUUAGUUUCUACCUGAUGGCAGGGUUUUGGGCUUUCUAUAUAUUCUGGAGACAAGAAAUCAGACUUGGAGAUGCGCUGGGAUUUUUGGCCUUGUACAUAGUGUAUAUAGCAGUUGUUAUUAUAGGACGAUAUAUACACUCUAAAACUCGCACUACAGAACCAUAUUACAGUGUGCAGACGAACGAGGUGGACGAGCAGAUAGUUCCAACUCAUAGAGAGGUUCGGAUACUUACUCAUCCUUUAUCUACAGGGAACCCGCCUGAGAUUAGAUUACUACUGGAGAACCAGGCUGGAUUACCAGUUAAACUACAGCUGAGACGAUUCUAUAAAGCAAUAAACCCGAUAGACAGGAUUGAAUGGGAAGAUAAUAAUUGGUUUUGGAAAUCAUACUUUCUUCUAAAAUCUCCUUUAGAUUUCAUUUUUAGACUUACUAUUCCAAGGGUCAGUCCUGAGAAUGCGGAUGAGAGUUGGUGUCAGAUUCUUGUUCUUAUUCAAUGCUUCCUUACUCCUCUCUUUACAGCUCUUGCAACCUCUACAGCUCUAGGUAUAGAAAAUAGUUCUCUUGAAUUAAACAUUAAUCUGAUUUUCUUAUCUCAAUAUUUGUGCAACCUGAUGUCAUAUUUUAAAUUAUUUUAUCUAGCAGAAAUCUAUAUUUUGACAUGUAUAAGAUGAAAAAAAGGAAUGAAA